ACAUAUUUAUCAAAAUGUACAACACUAUGUUUGGAUGUAUGAAUUGGGCCUUGGAAUUGACCAUAUAGAAUUUGGAAACCUCAAUUCCAGUGUUUGGGUUUUCCCUCGGUUUUCCCUGGAAUUGGGAGGGGUUUCCCUCGGUUUUCCCUGGGCUCCCGCGUACCGCUUCGAACAGAGCGCAUAUAGACACAGUCGAUCGAGGGAGCGCGGGAGGAGAGCAGAGACGAGACCCGGCGAUUCCAGCGGCGGCGACGCAGAAUUUCCUGGAGAAGUGGUAUCACGCGAGGCCGAUUGGAGGAAUACAGUAAGGUGUCUAUCCAUGGGAUCGUCGUCGGGGGAGGAGGAGGGCACCAACAAGUGGGUGCCGCCGAGCCAGCGACCGGAGCUAGCGGAUGUGGUGCCAGUAGGGCAGGAUGACGGUCCCUGCCCUGUGGUCUCCAUUUCCUACCGUGACGACUUCCGUGAGGUCAUGGACUACUUCCGUGCCCUCUACUCUGCCGGCGAGCGGAGCCCCCGUGCUCUCCACUUCACUGCUGAGGCCAUUCACUUCAACCCUGGCAACUACACUGUGUGGCAUUUCAGGCGUCUUGUUCUGGAGGCACUGGAUACUGAUUUACUGCAGGAAAUGAAUUUUGUUGACCAAAUUGCUGAAAGUAAUCCAAAAAAUUACCAAGUCUGGCAUCACAAGAGAUGGCUUGCUGAGAAAUUAGGGCCAGAUGCUGCAAAUAGUGAACAUGAAUUUACAAGGAAGAUGCUUGCUAUUGAUGCUAAAAAUUAUCAUGCUUGGUCCCAUAGGCAGUGGGUUCUUCAAGCAUUGGGUGGAUGGGAGAGUGAACUGCAGUACUGCAACCAGCUGCUUGAGGAAGAUGUCUUCAAUAAUUCAGCUUGGAAUCAGAGAUACCUUGUAAUAACAAGUUCACCACUUCUUGGGGGCCUUGUGGCAAUGCGUGACUCAGAAGUGGAUUACACAGUUGAGGCUAUUAUGGCGAACCCACGGAACGAAAGCCCCUGGAGAUACCUAAAAGGUUUAUAUAAGGGUGAUAAUUACUUGCCGGUGGCUGAUCGCCGCAUUUCUGAUGUUUGCCUAAAGGUCCUGAAAGAUGAUUCGACCUGCAUAUUUGCUUUGAGCUUGCUGGUCGAUCUUCUUCGCAUGGGCUUGCAGCCUUCAGAUGAACUUAAAGGAACUAUAGAAUCAAUGGAAAACUGUGAUCCUGAAACGUCGCAUGUUGAUCUUGCAACUGCUGUCUGCUCAAUCCUGCAGAAAUGCGAUCCCCUGCGGAUAAGCUAUUGGUCAUGGUACAGAACCACUCUUUCUUAGACAUCUGAAAAGUUCAGACGAAAACAGUUCCACACGAUUAGUGUGAUGCAAACUCAAUUUAAGGGGUGGACAGAGUGCAUGAAAAACCUUUCAUGUGAUCAUGCGCGGGGCAACAUAUGUACCAAUUUUACCUUUUAUGAUGUACUGCGAUAGGUACAUGUUGCUAGCAUAAAACUGAUGUGCCAAUCAUGUGUUCAACAGUUCUUUUUUCUUCUUCUUAAUUCAGGUUUCCUUUUUUUUUGACAGCAUAAUUCAGGUUCCCUUUGUUUCGAAGACUUA